CUCUCCUUUUCUUACAUGGUAAGUUUCAUUUCUCCCAAAAAAAAAAAAAAACAAAUAACAGAAGAAAACCCUUCAAAGAUCCAAGUAAAAAGACCAAAGCAAGAUCCCUAAUCCACUGAUCUAGAAACCCUAAUUUCCUUUCAAAAUCAACGAACAUGUCGAGGGAAUUCGCUGUGCCACCAGUAGUCUUCCCGUCCGGCGGAAACCCGACUGUCGCCACUGGCGGAAACAUCCAGCAACGCCGAGCACCAACUGCUCCAUUCCAACCUUCUCGUCCAUCAAACUCCGGAAUCCCUUUUAUGUCAUUCGAAAUCGGAUCCGCUGCCACGAACACGGCCGGUACAAUCGGCGUAGGAACUGGUCCUCUCGGUGGUGCAGCCAACUUCGAUGACGAAGAACCACUCCUCGUCGAACUCGGGAUCCACCCAGACCAAAUUUGGAAGAAAACUAAAUCGAUUUUAAAUCCGUUCCGGGUGAACCCGACGUUCCACAAGGAUUCGGAUCUAUCCGGCCCGAUAUUUUUGUAUCUCUCAUUCUGCUUGUUUCAAUUACUUGCCGGAAAAAUCCAAUUUGGCGUGAUACUGGGAUGGAUUGUCGUUUCCUCGAUUUUCUUAUACAUUGUGUUCAAUAUGUUGGCUGGUAGACAUGGGAAUUUAGACCUGCACACGUGUACGAGUGUGAUUGGUUACUGUUUGUUGCCUGUGGUGAUUUUAUCGGCGGUUUCGCUGUUUGUGCCGCAAAAUGGGGCUAUUAGGUUUGGGAUUGCUGGGGUUUUCGUGAUUUGGGCUACGAGGGCUUGCACGAAUUUGAUGGUUGCUGUUGCUGAUGGUGGAGAGGAGCACCGUGGAUUGAUUGCGUACGCCUGUUUCUUGAUCUACACUUUGUUUUCAUUGCUUGUUAUAUUUUAGUAGUGAUGAUUGGUGGGAAUUUGAAUCGAUGGGAUAUUUUUGGUAUCAUUAUGUAGUUUUUGGAUUGUGGCUUUGAUAGAAUUUUUGCGUUUGAUGUUAAUAAUAUGUUAGUGGGCACUCAUUAUUUUUGACCGAAUGAGUUUUGCUAAUUCUGACUUUGGCAGUUUUAUGUUUCUCUGAUAUUUAUAUAAUUAAGGUUUUCUCCUCA